UCCGUGGUUCUAUGCGGCAUCAGUUGGUUUAGAUUUCGGGUUUCGUCAUGUUCAAGUUGCUGCUUUGCUGUCUGCUCCUAACCGCCGGAGGCGGAUGGGCCUUUAAUCAUGGCCAGGAUUUAGUGGAUUUCCAAACUUACGAGGAAAAUUUCAACAAGACGUACGCAUCAACUUCAGCUCGCAACUUUGCCAACUACUACUUCAUCUACAACCGCAACCAGGUGGCCCAGCACAAUGCCCAGGCGGAUCGGAAUCGCACCACUUUUCGCGAGGCGGUGAAUCAGUUCUCGGACAUCCGGCUGAUCCAGUUUGCAGCCCUCCUGCCCAAGGCCGUGUCCACGGUGGUCUCGGCGGCCAGUGAUCCACCCACCACCCAGACGGCAGCCGCCACCUACGACAUCAUCACGGACUUCGGACUGACCGUAACGGUGGAGGAUCAGGGCGUCAACUGCAGCAGCAGUUGGGCCUAUGCCACCGCCAAGGCAGUGGAGAUUAUGAAUGCCGUGCAGACCGCCAACCCGCUGCCUUCUUCGUUGUCCGCCCAGCAAUUGCUCGAUUGUGCGGGAAUGGGCUCCGGAUGCAGCACUCAGACGCCCCAGGCUGCCCUCAACUACCUCACCCAGCUGACAGAUGCGUAUCUGUAUCCGGAAGUGGACUAUCCGAAUAACAAUACCUUGAAAACUCCAGGAAUGUGCCAGCCUCCUUCUUCCGUGUCUGUGGGCGUGAAAUUGGCCAGCUAUUCGGCUGUGGCUGACAACGAUGAUGCCGCCAUAAUGCGUUAUGUAUCCAAUGGUUUCCCCGUCAUAGUGGAGUACAAUCCGGCAACCUUUGGCUUUAUGCAAUACUCCAGUGGGGUUUACGUUCAGGAGACAAGGGCCCUGACCAACCCGAAGAGCUCACAGUUCCUGGUAGUUGUGGGCUACGAUCACGACGUGGACACCAAUCUGGACUACUGGCGGUGCCUGAACUCCUUCGGAGAAACGUGGGGAGAGGAGGGUUAUAUCAGAAUCGUGCGCAGGUCCAACCAGCCCAUUGCCAAGAACGCCGUCUUCCCCAGUGCGCUGGCCUAACGAGAACGCUACCCCUUAAAAUAUUUCAAAUAAAUAAACUCUAUUUUAUGUUAAAA